CGGCCAGCCUCCCACCCACCAAGUGACAACAGGGUCAGCUGGAAGCGCCGGCGCCCGCCCGGAGGAGACCUCGCCUGGCCCGCACCCCGAAGCCUGGAAACUGCGCACUGCAGAGAACCAGUGUCUCCGCUCCAGAAAUAUCCCUAACCCAAGGCCAGCCCGAGGCCCCAGUCCCUGUCCUCAGCUGCGUGUGAAAAGCCCACUCACGCUUUCUUUCCCACUGCAGAAGAAGGGACAAGCUGGGAGACGCAAGCUGCCCCCGGAGAAGUCUGAGCAGGAGGGACACAUCUGGGGCUCCAUGCAGAACACAGCAUUCAUCCUGGGCUCUGGCCUGCUCCUGUCCGUGGCCUUCUGGAACUCACUCACAUGGCAUCUUCAGAGAUUCUGGGGUGCUUCCGGCUACUUUUGGCAAGCCCAGUGGGAGAGGCUGCUGUGGAAGUUUGAAGGGAAAGAGUGGAUCCUCUUCAUAAUAGGCGCUGCCCUAGUGCCGGUGCUACUCUUCUGGGCCUUCAACGGGCUUCUACUUGUGGUGGACACAACUGGAAAACCAAACUUCAUCUCCCGCUACCGGAUUCAGCUGGGCAAGAACGAGCCUGUGGACUCCGUGAAACUGCGCCAGUCCAUCCGCACUGUCCUUUUCAACCAGUGCACGAUCUCUCUCCCUGUGGUGGUCUUCCUCUAUCCCUUCCUCAAGCGGUGGGGAGACCCCUGCCGCCGAGAGCUACCUACCCUCCACUGGUUCCUGCUGGAGUUGGCGCUUUUCACCCUGACUGAGGAAGUCUUGUUCUACUAUUCACACCGGCUCCUUCACCACCCAACAUUCUACAAGAAGAUUCACAAGAAACACCACGAGUGGACAGCACCCAUUGGUGUGAUCUCUCUCUACGCCCACCCAAUAGAGUAUGUGGCCUCCAACAUGCUGCCGGCAACAGUGGGCCCCUUAGUGAUGGGCUCCCAUUUGUCCUCCAUCACCGUGUGGUUCUCCUUGGCCCUCAUCAUCACCUCCAUCUCCCACUGUGGCUACCACCUGCCCUUCCUGCCCUCACCGGAGUUCCAUGACUACCACCACCUCAAGUUCAACCAGUGCUAUGGAGUGCUGGGGGUGCUGGACCACCUCCAUGGGACUGAUACCGUGUUUAAGCAGACCAAGGCCUAUGAGCGACACGUCCUCUUGCUCGGCUUCACCCCACUGUCUGAGAGCAUCCCCGACUCCCCAAAGAAGAUGGAGUGAGCGGGCCCUUGUACAUCCUGGCUGUCCCAAGAUUCUAAGGCAGCCUGAGGCCUCACGAGUGUACCUAACAAUGUGCCUUUAGCCACAUACUUUUUUUUUUUUUUUUUUUUUUUUUUUUGGUACUGGGGAUCAAACUUGGGUCCUUGUGCUUUGAAGGCAGGUGGUGGAACCACCGAGUUCAACCCUCAGCCCCUAGCCAUAUACUCUUGAUGGCACCACUAGGGCAGAGAGCAGGCCAGCUUGCUAGAAAAGGAGGGCCAAAGAUAGAGCCAGGGCUCCCUCUAAACUACUGCUGGGACCAGAAAUUGGCUUGAAUAAAGAAAGCUCCCAAGAUUGGAGGUCCACCAGAGGGAGGAGAAACGGCUUCAAGAGAGCUCCUGCCCAGUCCCCCACAUCCUCUGCUGGAGACUUCCCCUGGACAAGGAAGAUGCAGAGGACAGAGGUGCCAGUGGCACAGGAGCCUCCGUGGACUCCAAAGAGAGCACCUUCUGGUGCCAGAGUGGGGCAACUAGGUCCCACUUUGCUUCUUUGUCCCUAAACGCUUUUCUUACACCUUACUCUGGCCACAGCCAGGGCACCUUUGCCAGUAAUUAUAGUUCUCAGUUCUUAACACACCAAGUCCCAGUCUCCACUUCCACACUGACACAGACACACAGGGUCAAAGACGAAGGCCCCGGUGCCCCUCCUUCCCACUGCACACAAAUACUGUCUUCAGAAAAGACACAAACAGAAAACCACAAGACUCCCCCCACCCCAGGUUAGAAACGCUACCAGUGAGGCUCACAACAAACCCCUAACACCCUUAGCCUUGUACAGAAAUCAAGGUCAAAACCUGAGAACUGUUCAGUGGUGGUUUCUUUUGCUCACAAAGGUAAAGGUGAGAGGCUGCCCUUCAGGGAUACCUAACUAAAGCCCCUCACCCAUCUGAACCAGACCAAGUCUAGAACCCUCUUCCGCCUGCCAAAAGGAAUGCGGGAAAACAUGACCAAAGGGCAAAACCCUUUUCCCUCCAAAGGUUAAUUAACUGUCUCAGCACCAUUCAUUCAGGGUGAUUUUCAGCCGUGACACCUGUUUAAAAGAAAUUUUAUUGGUGUCUUUAUUUUCAACAAAAGCCCCUGGCAGUGAGACACAGCCAGGAAGCUUAUUGUGGUUGUAUACAGUAUUUGUAUUUUGUCACAAGUCUGUAAUCCCAGGUCCUCAGAAGACGCUAGUAGAAUGGCUCGAGCCCUAAGUGGGGCCAGCCUGGCCAACAGAGCCCAAAAUUCUGUUUCUUAAAAGUAAGACAAAAUGUUAGUAUCUCACAGACCCAACCUCAAGGCCAGCGGUGGCACAAACCUUCUUAGAGCUUUCAAUGAUACAAACGGCCCACUGUAGCACACACGCUGUAGGCUCGCCACCGCUGCUGGAGGCAGAACUGUCAGGACUGCCCAUCAGCACUGGGAGCUCAGAAGCCUUCUUGAGGGAGCCUACUCAACACUUCGUGGGCAGCAACCUCCCUGGCCUUCCACCUGACUGGUGCACUCAGGUCCUGGCCGUAGGACAGCUUACACUCUUGGGCUGAAGUCCAUCAAAAGUCCGAGUUCUUACUGCUGCCGGCCGGUACCCAGGAACUGUUCCUUCAAAGAAGCAUCUGGAAAACAAAGAGUCAGUCUUCAGUGUGAGAACAGAGUUCGUAAAGACGAAGGUGAAAGAGCCCUGCAUUUCUCCUCUUUAAGGUCUUUAGAUUUUGAGGCACUGUAAGGGGCCUACUGGGACAAGAGACUUAACUCUUGUUUCUUCUGACACACAGAUAGUUGGCUAUUCCUUCAUAGAGGAGCUUAGCUCUAUUCUUGUCUGCAUCAAAUGGCCCCAAAUUUCCAGCAGAAUAAACUAAUCUCCAUUUAUUUUAGUAUAUACAGUAAAACCUUUUGCGAGCGUAAUUCCUUCUGGAAGCAUGCUUGUAAUCCAGAGCGCUUGUGUAUCAAAGCGAUUCUCCCACAAGAAA